CAAAGCUUUAGAUGGCCAGUAUAGCUGACUGAAUCUGUAAAGCUGAGCAAAGCUAAUAUGUGCUUCUUUCUUGGUAUGUUCCUUGCUCUAAGCACUUUGGGAAGAUUUGUGCUUCUGGCACCUUUACCAGAGACCCAACACAUGCUGGAUAUUAAAGAUAUGGAGGUCAUGAGAAGCUCUGAAUUUCAGGACAAUGCUGAGAAUGCAUACAGCUUGGUAACGAAGAUACUCAUCGAAAUUCCUGCAGUGCACAAAUCAUUGAUCCACACUGAGACACUGUCUCUAAAUGAGAGUGAUUUGAGCUCUCUACAGAUCCUCAAGAAUUUCCUGGGUUUACCAGAACCAAGUCCUCUUCAGCCCCUCUCAGACAAGUUUACACUGGACGUUUCCUUGGGGCGCAUAGUCGAGGGUCUGAAGCUGCACAAGAUCCUGCUGAAGGUGAUCAGCGAGCUAGAACACUUUAAAGUCAAGAAACCGAAUGAAAUUCUGUAUGACCUGCGAGAUGCAAUACUGCACAUUCACAAGAUGCAGCAUUUGAUUAAGGCGGUGAAUGGACCAGAGAAGGUAUCGGAAAGCCAGCUGCAAGAAGAUCUGGCUCCUAAACUAGAAAAUGAAUACAUGUCUCAGGUGGCAACACAUCUGGCUCUGAUCCAACUGAGACAGUUCACCAAGGACGUCAGUCGCAGCCUCCAUAGCAUGAUUAUCUCUCCAGCAGAACUCGAGGGUCAAGAUUCAUAAAUCCCCGGAAGAUAAUACUUAUCCCCUAAAGACCUGGACAGCAAAAUUUGGGGGAAUCAUUUGUUUACAUGAUUUUCAAUAUCUGGGACAACACAGACUUAAAACAUGUGAUUAUUUAUAUAUUUUUUGUAUUUAUUUAUUAAUUUAUUUACUUAUUUAUUUAUUUAGACUGCACCCAUUGCCCUCUUCAAAGAGUUUGUUUUCUUUUGUGUUUUGUGAGCUUGUUGUCAUUUGAUGGAUUUUAAUCAUCACCACCACAUGCCCGUUAUGAUCUAUAUUAGGUCUUUUAAAUCUACAUGAAUGUAUUUGUAUUCCUUGGAUUAUAGGGUAAGUUGGAGCUCACUGAUUAAGGAAUUGGACUACUGAUAGGAAGGUUGUGAGUUUAAAUCCGAGGGCCACCAAGCUAAUACUGUUGGACCCUUAAUAAAGGCCCUUAACUCUCAACUGCUUAGUAUAAAUGUAAGUCACUCUAGAUGAGGGCAUCUGUAUAUCAAAGAAUGAAUGUGUUUUAAAUAUUGUUCUAUUUAUAUUUGUAUGUGUUAAUAUGUACC